CACAAGACGAGUUGAAGUCAAUGUCCUCUAGCUAACAAGUUAGAAGCACCACACAAUCAUAAAGGGAAUACACUGAAUGAAGCUGAAUUAUUCGAACUUGGAAGGACCAACCAACUCCUCAUCACGAAAUUUCCACAAAAACUACAAUUCCACGUCUUGCAAUCACAUCGCUUGUUUCAAAGUCUUGGAAAUGAAAGGUAACAACAAAAAUGAAAGGCAAAAAUGAAAAUUACGUUGCAGGAACCUUCCAAAUUCCAAAAUAACAAUGAAAUUAUUAGCCCCUCAGACCCCUAUAUGGUUAAUUAUCUUUGUCUUGUUGCCAACAAAUUAUUGAGAACUGCUUCUUCAUCUUCACUGUAAGCUUUGAUAUACCAACACACAGUUCGGUUACAAAGCCUGGAGCGUUGCAUUUUUUACUCACCUUCAUAUCUAAAUUUCUGAUCACUUGUUGAGAUCAUAUCAUGGCUGCUGAACUUGUUGGUGGAGCUUUACUUUCUAGCUUCAUUGACGUUGUCAUUGACAGGCUCCUUACAACUGAUGCUGUCAACUUGGUCUUGGGCAACGAACUUGGCCCUGACUUGGUUGAAAAGCUGAAGACUGCUCUGUUGGGUGCUGAAGCUCUUGUUGCUGAUGCUGAGAUGAAGCAGUUUGGCAAUCCAUCGGUGAGGAAGUGGCUCGAUAAUCUCAGGGAUGCUGUUUACUGUGCUGAGGACUUGCUGGACACUGUCCUCAUCAAAGCCACCACACAAAAGAAGAAAAGUUCUUGCUGUUCCCUUAGCUUCUUCAUCAACCGACAUAGAGAUGACAUGGUAGACAAGAUGGAAGGGGUAGUUAUAAGAAUUGAGGAUCUUGGAAAACAAAAAGAUUUCCUUGGUCUUGAAAAGAUUCCCACUGGUAGCUCAUCAUGGAGGACUCCAACCAGUUCUCUUGUGAGAGGGAAUGUGUAUGGCAGGGAGGAUGACAAGAAGGCCCUAGUCCAGAUGCUGAAUGACAACAAUGAGCAUCACCUGUCUGUGAUAGCUAUUGUUGGCAUCGGUGGGGUUGGUAAAACAACUUUAGCCCAAUGGCUGUACAACAAUCAGGAGGAGUUCAUGAAGGGAUUUGAUCUGAAAGCAUGGGUUUGCGUUUCGGAGAAGUUUGAAGUUGUUGAGACUACAAGGAAUGUUAUAAAGGAGAUCUCUCCGGAUACUCAAUGUCUUGAGCACUUCAAUUCACUUCACCAUGCUUUGAAAGAAAAAUUGUUGAACAAGAAAUUCUUUAUUGUUCUGGAUGAUGUUUGGAGUGAUGAUGGUGACAAAUGGAGUAAUUUUAUGACCCCUUUCCAAUAUGGGAAGAAAGGAAGUAUUGUUCUUCUGACUACUCGCGGGAAUAAUGUUGCUUUAGCCGUUCAAAAUUGUCGCCCUUAUUUUCUCAGGAAGUUGUCAGAGGACUAUUGUUGGUCAGUGUUUGCAGAAAAUGCAUCUUUUCCAGAAUCAAAUGGGAGAGCAGCACUUGAAGAAAUAGGUAGAAAGAUUGUCAGGAAGUGUGAUGGCUUGCCAUUAGCUGCAGAAACACUUGGUCGCUUGUUACGUACAAAGCAUGAUGUUGAGGAAUGGAACAAGAUACUAAUGAGUCAUAUUUGGGGAUUUGCUGUGCAGAAGAGUAAGAUUAUCCCAGCAUUACUGAUAAGUUACUUCCAUCUUCCUCCACAUUUAAAGGGUUGUUUUGUUUACUGUGCAUUAUAUCCCAAGGAUUAUAAAUUUGUGAAGGAUGAAUUAAUCCUUUUGUGGAUGGCAGAAGCAUUGUUAACACCAGAAGGAGGAAAGAGUUUAGAAGUAAUUGGUCGUGAGUAUUUUGAUGAACUAACUUCCAGAUUAUUUUUUACAAAGAAUAAUGACGGGGAUGAUUAUUUUGUGAUGCACGAUCUCCUGCAUGACUUAGCAAUAUUCCUUGCUGGAGAUUUCUAUUGCAAUCUAGAAGAACUUGGUAAAGAGGAGGAGAUAAGGAUUCAGCCUCGACAUUUGUGUGCAAAUUUAUGUUAUUGUAGCUCAAAACUUCCUAAUUUGAUUUCUGAAGUAAAAUCUUUGAGAACAUUAUUAUUAUUUGGCGAUUGCUCAUCUUCCAACUGCAACAUUGAAGCGGCAACAUGGGACAUAUUAUCAAAGUUUAAAUACUUGAGAGCUUUAUCCUUCUGUAAACGUGGUGUGGCGUCAUCCUUGAGUAUACUUGUGGUGCCUGAUUCAAUUAAAGAAUUAGUCCAUCUGCGCUACUUGGAUCUGUCUGGGACGAAUAUUAAGACAUUGCCGGAGUCUUUGUGCAACUUGUCUAGUUUGCAAACCUUGAAGUUGUAUUAUUGUUCUAAUCUAACUACGUUGCCUAGUGGUUUGCAUAAUCUUUUGAAGUUGCGGCAUCUUGAUAUUAGAGGAACUUCUUUGGAAGAAAUGCCCGGAAAAAUGAGCAAGUUGAAUCAAUUGCUCGUUUUAAGUUACUUUGUUGUGGGCAAGCACGAAGACAAUGGAAUCCAGGAGUUAGGGGGGUUGGAAAAUCUUCAUGGACGCCUUGAGAUUACGAAGUUGGAGAAUAUUGUUGAUGUGAAAGAAGCAGAGAGUGCAAAGAUAAUGGAUAAGAAGCACAUUGAUGUAUUAUGCUUGCAAUGGUCUUCAGGCGAAGAUAUGGUUUCAGACACACAAAGAGAAAAAGUCAUGCUCGAUAAGUUGGAACCACACAAUGGGUUGAAAGAGUUGAGAAUAUGGGGAUACAAGGGUACAAUAUUUCCAGAUUGGUUGGGGUGUUCCUACCAAAACAUGACAAGUGUAUCUCUAGAGUCUUGCAAGAAUUGCUGCAUGCUGCCUUCGCUUGGACAGCUGCCAUCUCUUAAGUCCCUGCGUAUUAAAGGUUUGGAUGAGCUGAGGAGUAUUGGGGAGGAGUUUUACAAGAAUGAAGGAGAUCAUCAUUCUUCGCAUAUUGCACCGUUUCCCUCACUGGAGAUAUUGGAAUUUAAUGAUAUGGCAUGUUGGGAGGAGUGGCACUUACCUGACUCAAAAGUCUUUCCUCAGCUUAAGAGGCUUCAAAUAAGAAAGUGUCCAAUAUUGAAGGAAGAGAUGCUUAAUCAGGUAUUCUUCAGAAUCGUUUCUUCUUUGCCGGAUGUUUCCAAAGCUCGCAAACUACUUAUAGGCGACGCUGUUAUAGACCUGUACAGCGAGGCCAUGUUUCUUGAUGGGGAUACUUUAAGAAUUAGGGGAAGUGAAUCUGUGAUGGAGUCUGCAUUGAAGGCACUGAUGAGCAUCAACCAUCUACGUUGCCUCCAAGAAAUACACAUCUGGAGCUGUAGUAAACUAGAAUUCCCCCAGCUACAGCAGCACAAGUAUGAUUUGGUAGACCUACUAAUAGACAGCUGUGAUUCACUGACCUCCUUGUCGUUGGAUGUCUUUCCCAAUCUCAAGGAUUUGAAGAUAUCAUAUUGUAGGAAUCUGGAAUCAGUGUCAAUGUCAGAGGCACCACACGCUGCUCUUCAACGUCUCUCCAUCUUUAAGUGCCCUGAAUUAGUGUCAUUUGCAGGAGAAGGACUGGCUGCACCCAACUUGACUCAUCUUCAAGUCAGCUUCUGCUCAAAGUUGGAGGCAUUACCACGUGACAUGAAGAGUCUACUCCCAAGUUUACACUCUCUCCAGAUAUAUGGUUGCCCAAACAUUUGCAGGUUGCCAGAGGGUGGUUUGCCACCUAACUUGAAAGAAUUUGAAGUGGGAAUUGGCGAGCAACAAAUGAGGGAUCUAUCAUGGAUUCCCAACUUGCACGCCCUCACUCAUCUUACCAUUAGAGGUAGGGAGUGUAAGAACAUAAAGUCAUACCCAGAGGUGGGUUCGCUGCCUCACCUUCCCUCCCUUACCACUCUCAAGAUAUGCUGGUUCGAUAAUCUGGAGACAUUGGAGUGCAACGAGCUUCUCCGCCUCACCUCCCUUCAACAAUUGCACAUUGAUUGGUGUCCAAAGCUGGAGAAUAUGGAAGGAGAAAAGCUGCCUCCCUCUCUCUUGCUACUUCAAAUUAAAGAGUGUGGUUUGCUGGGAGAACACUGCAAGAACAAGCAUCAACUAAUCUGGCCCAAAAUUUCCCACAUCCCCACCAUUCAAGUUUCCGAUAGAGAUUUUACUGGAGAUAUACUGUCCAACUUGCUACCUUUAAGUAUCCAAUUGUACCUUAUGUUCGGCAAUAACUAGAAGACGAUAAACAGUUUUCCCAUGGUGAACUCGAUAUAGCUAAUGUCAUUAGAAGGUCAAGUUGCGAUGAAGCCAUCAGACAACAAUUUCAUCUCUAUCAACUUCACUUAUUGGAACAGCCUUAUUUUACAGAUGCAAGGCAAUUAAUGUCAAUCACCAUGGUGAAAAGCUGUUUAAGACUAAAGAGAGUGGUUUAGACAUUAAAUCAUAACUAACUAACUAAAAGUUGAAAAAGGCAGCAAGAGACAAAGAAAAAGGAUGUCCCAAAAAGACAUUCAUGAUCAAGCUACCAAUUAGUGCCGAUUGUCUAGCUUAUAAGGACAAAUUGGCAAAUUCUGGAGUGGCAAGUUUUGCAUUGAUUGUGGAUCCUAAUUCUCUAAAUGAUCAAAUAACGAUCCACUUUCUUACUUAAAUUGCUUGUUCCACCAUUUGAGCAAUCAUAGCCAAAAUGACAUAAAAGUUACAGCUACAUUUAAUAUUUGAUUAGCCAGCCAGCAAGACCAAUUCCCACAAGCAUCCAACUAUGAAUUAGGCAAUGAUGAUGAUGAUGCAAUGAUAUUUCUUCUAUCAAGAUAGCUGGAUGGUAGGCCUACCAUUAAUGAUAGUGUAUAAUAUUCAUUUUUCUUGUUCUUCAUGUGUAUUUAUUUACCACUCUUUUUGUAUAAGAUGACUCACAUUCGAUAUUCGAUCCAAGUUACAUAGCAA